UAUCGGACACACCGCAAGACGAUACAUAACAGUGGCGCGGUCGCAGUUAUUCGAACAAUUCAAAUGGAUCAGCAAAUUCUUGAAAAAUUCCUGCAGUCGCAAAUUCAGAUGCAAGCUCAGUCACAACAGAUGCAACAAUUGCAAGCUCAGAUGCUGGAGAUGAUGAAAGGCAAAAAGUCAGAGGAACCAAAGUCGGAGGAGAAACAGUCAACAGACUUGUACUGUAAGUUGAAGACGCUAGUUACAGAGUUCCAGGCAGACAUCGAAAAGGGGGUCACAUUUGAGUCAUGGUACCUCAAAAAUAAGUCUUACUUCGAGGUAGACGCCAAGUCCUUAGAGGAAAAAGUCAAAGUCCGGUUGUUAGUAGAUAAGUUAGGGCAAGUUGAGUAUUCGAAGAUGGCGCAAAAGUUAUUGCCCAGAGAAUUAGUUGAGAUGGACUUUGGGGAAUUAGUCGGAGAGUUGAAAAAGGAAUUCUGUGAUCCCCGUUCCAAAUUAGUCAAACGUUUCGAAGUCAUUAAAAUGAAAUGCCCUUGUAUCGAAAAAAUUCUUGAGUUUGGAACUCUAGUAAACGCAGAAUGUGAAAAGGCGGAAAUGGCGUUGACAGUCGAAGAAAGUAAAAUUCUUGUGUUCAUUGCAGGCAUUCCAGAGGAAGCGUUAGAUGUCCGGCAAAUCAGUCUGAGAUUCGUAGAGAAAUAUUCAAAGUCAGAAGUAUGCACAUUGAAGGCAUUGAUGGAGGAAGUCCGUAGCUAUUUGGCAAAUAAGUCUGAUGCAAAGGUAUUCGCGGAUAACCAGUCAAAGGUCAGAUUUGAACCUGAAUAUUCUGUGGAGGUGAAUAAUAUUAGUAAAACUAUUCAGGUCAAUCAAAAUUCAAGGAGAAGAACGUCAACAUAG